CUGAGCAGGAGGAGUCAUAGAAAAAUUCUGCAUGAUUUCCUGUUGGGUCCGGAUGUGGUUUUACUGCCUGAUGAAACUUGUCAGAGGAAAACCCACGACACUGACACAAGAUGGAGAUCACAACAAUCACCUUAGUGCUCACCACACUGAGCAUCACUCCCAACAGAUCUCAGUUCUUCCAGCAUGACCGUAUCGCUCUGAGCUGUGCGACACCGGCAAACUCCCGCGGCUGGUUAGUAAGAAGAAACACCUCCUCUGGGGCGUUUCAAAUGUGCAAGGUUGGCUGCAGGAUCCCUAAUGAGUCCUCCUGCACCAUAAAGCGUGCUGUCCCAUCAGAUACCGGAGUGUACUGGUGUCAGUCUGAGAAGGGGGAGAAAAGUAACACUGUCAACAUCACAGUGACAGCUGGUGCUGUGAUCCUGGACAGCCCUGCACUUCGUGUGACAGAGGGAGAAAAUGUUAAACUUCACUGUUCAUUCAAGAAAGAGAAAGAUGAAUCUAAAUCAGAUUUCCCUACCACGUUUUACAGAAAUGGUGUUUUCAUCGGAAAUGAGACUGCAGGGACGAUGAUCCUCCCCGCGGUGUCCAAGUCUGAUGAAGGCUUCUACAAGUGUAAACACCCCACAAAAGGAGAGUCACCGCAGAGCUGGCUGUCUGUGAGAGAUGUUUCUACCACUCCUCCUCUGGCCACGUACCUGCACUGGCUGAUACCAUUGCUGGUCAUCCUGCUGUUAAUCCUUUCUGUUCUCGUACUCAUAGUGUACAGAAGGAAGGGUCAAGCUCAAGGUGAUGCUUAUAUGAGACCUCAUGCUCAGCUUGAACUGGAAUGAAGAACAACAUCUACCAUAUAUGCUGGCCAAUAUGACCGUGAAGGCUAUUAAAUAUGUUUUUAUCUUCCUGUUAACAUGCUGUAUUUGUUUAUCUUCUAUCUGAGGUAGUAUGACAUGAUUCUUCUGAGGUUUAAUGCUUAGCUCUCACUGAAAAACUGAAAAAGUUUUUGUAUCUGAGUUUUAUGUUCACAAGUACAAAACAGCAGUUAGAGCCGUAUGUCUUGUGCUUUUCUGUGCACUCUCUCUCUUUGUCUGCGGUGCUCCUCCAGAUGUUGCCUUUCCCCCUCUGCAGCACUGAGGAUGUAUAUGUCUCCACUCAGAGGGCAGUUUGGAGCUAACGAUUUGCUUUCUUCUUAUAAGAAAGUCGUUCUGUGUUCUACACCGUAUGCUUCUAUUUGUAUUUUUGUUAAUUGUUAAUAAAUAACUUAUUUUUUUUUGUUUGCACAUUAUCUGUUUCCAUGUUUAUUUUGCCUUGAUUUCAUUCAUAAUUGAUACUUUCCUUCUUCCCCUAGACUUAAGAGGACGUAAGGAUGAACAUGAAUGUGUGUAGAAAAUAUUUUGGCAAUCCUUCCUUUCCUUUCCUAUAGACUACUGCCUAAAAACCAAAUGAACAGAGCCCUGAUGUGAAAAAAUAACUAUUAAAAACCAGCGGUUUAUAAAUAUGAUAGCCAACUUAUUAUUGAGCUGGGACGGUUAACCAACAAUUAUUGUCUGGUUAGGACCAGAAUAAAGUCAGAAAUCACCACAUUUGUUACACCAUCUUUCACACCAUCUGAAGAAAUAAGUCAGUUAGUCUCCAGUCUGUGCUGCUGUAAGCUGAAUAUUGUACCAUUUUACCAAGUGAAAUUCAUUAUUACAUGAAUUGAUAUGUUCAGUGAUAAUAUUUAUUCCAGCUUCAGUACGAUUUUUUAAAGAGGAUUCAAAAGAGUUUUUGAAAUAAAUCAAAAGUUGCCACACCAAAAACUCAUGCCUGUCCGUUUUGUAAUGUGGUGAAUAAGAUGUAAAGAUCACAGCUGUUUGACUCAUCGCAGAGUUUGUUUGUUCUGGUUCACUUGAGUAUGAGUGGGCACACAGUCAGGGGGGCUGUCUGCAGUCAAGUCAGCUGUCAGUUACGGUGGCAGUGCUUGUCCAGAGAGGACGAAGAAAUCCUCGUGUCCCAGCAAUACAUACAAUACAAGUUGAUUGAACAUGAAGGAGAGAUUCGGAGUCCUUGUUUUUCUCCUCAGUCAAGCUGCCUUGGCCUCUAGAGACCCAGAGGUGGUUUGCUCUUAUGAUCCAGUGGAAGCUGCAGUCAUUGAGGACGUGAUUCUGCAGUGCCACCUUGAACCCCCACUGGAUGCAACAGAUAUGACAGUGAAGUGGAGUCGUGGGAGCCAUAACCAGUUUGUACACCUGCAUCAAGACGGAAAAGACAGUCCUGCAGAGCAGAAGGAGCACUUUGAAGGAAGAACGUCUCUCUCUCAUGAGGGUCUGACCAAAGGAAACCUGUCUCUGAAACUCUCCUCAGUACAGCUCUCUGACGCUGGAAGAUACAGAUGCUCCUUUCACACUGAAAAAGUGCACAAGAGUUGUUAUGUUAACCUCACUGUUGCAGAAAAUAAAAACAACACAGAAGAACAACACAGAGCUUUCAGUCACAACAUUGGUGUAAGCAGUUAUGCUGGCAUUAUCGCUAUGGUUGUCAUCCUCAUUGUCCUCAUUUGCUUUGUCAUUGGCACAGUCUG